AUGCAAGCCACCCAGUCUCUUCGGAUAGUGCCUAGCGAACUUCCACCACCUGGCAAGACUGACGUCUCGACAUUAAGUAAAUUCGGUGUGCAUGAUACAUUCAGACACGGAUUCAAGUCUGAGAGCCACGCCAUAAACCGGCAUCCAUUAGAGAACAGAUUAGCGAGAUGGGAAGAGACUCAGACUAAUCUCAAACUGACUUUUGAGAGAAGAAUUUUUGGCCUGCAUGCUCCUAUGAGACGUAUGAUGGAGAAGAAGAUUGUUUCGAAUAUACAACGUUUCCCUGGCUUGCCAAACUCCAAUUUGGGAUUGGAAAUCUUGUCUGGCAAAGAUGAAACGAUCGAUGUAGAGGAUUUUAUGAACACUCCAGACAUGUCAACACAGAUGGUAGAUUUCCAUACAUUUAUGGAAGCCAAAAUUGGAAUCAAGAUCUAA